ACAUCAGUCGAGUCUUGGUUUUGAUUCGUUGCAACUUCUGUCUAGAAUUUCUUAUUCUUUCAAUUUAGUCUGCCACUGCCACCAUGGGUAAUUAUGGCAUAGUAUUCUUACUGGCCAUCACCUCGUUGAUGGCCGCCUCGAUUGUGGGUGCUGGGCCAACGGUUUCACCGUAUUACAAUACUACCCCAGAGCCCAUGUACUACACCAGCCCGGCUCCAACAUACUACACCAGCCCAGCUCCAACGUACUACGCUCCACCGGCUCCAACGUACUACGCUCCACCGGCUCCAACGUACUACACCACCCAGGCUCCAGCGUACUAUACUACUCCGGCUCCAGCGUACUACACUACUCCGGCUCCAGCGUACUACACUACUCCGGCUCCAGCGUACUACACUACUCCGGCUCCAGCGUACUACACCACUCCGUCUCCAGCGUACUACCCCACUCCGGCUCCAGCGUACUACACCACUCCGGCUCCAGCGUACUACUCCACCCCGGCUCCAGCGUACUACCCCACUCCGGCUCCAGCGUACUACCCCACUCCGGCUCCAGCGUACUACCCCACUCCGGCUCCAGCGUAUUACCCCACCGUGGCUCCAGCGUACUACCCCACUCCGGCUCCAGCGUACUACUCCACCCCGGCUCCAGCGUACUACCCCACUCCGGCUCCAGCGUAUUACCCCACCGUGGCUCCAGCGUACUACACCACUCCGGCUCCAGCGUACUACUCCACCCCGGCUCCAGCGUACUACACCACAACAUAUGCUGCUCCAAGCUACUACUCUGAAGCCACUCCGGCGCCAUACUAUCCUACUGUAGCGCCAUCGUACUAUACUACCCCGUCGCCGUACCACCCAACGAUGGCACCGUAUUCCUCUGCUCCAGUUCCAGCAUCUUACCACACUACCCCAAUGCCAUACUACACGACUACGUACGCUGCUCGAAGGCACUACAGAGACGCUUCUAGUUAUUACGCUACAACUCCGGCGCCCUACUACACAACCCCAUACGCUGCUCCGAUGUAUUAUACUUCCCCGAGUUACUACACCACUGUUACUCCAAGCAACUAUGCCGAAGCUCCUCAAUACUACCCUUAUCUCAAUUCUGCUUCCAGCUAUUCCAUGACUGAGGCUCCGGCACCCUUUUACAGACCAAUGACUUCUUCUUACACCACAAUGGCGCCGUAUUAUACUACCCAGGCAAGUUACUAAACCACAAAGGCUCCUUACCACGCCAUGACUUAUGCUAAUUCAAAGUACUACACUACACUACACCACACCGAAUCCCUUAGCGUUAUAUUACUACUUAUUCUAUAUCCAGCAGUUACACAGAGGCUCCAACACUCGGCACCAACACCGACACCAACACCGACACCCAGCUUUAAAUGUGUGAAGAAUUCUCAUAAGUUCGCCUUUGUUAACUACUUGCUCGAUAAUGUUGAAUGUUAAUAAAAAUAAAUUAUACUUGUUAA